UCUAAUCUGGGGGUGAGGAAAGGGGUAGAAGCAGUAGGGCGGAAGGUUGUAUAAAUGCUCAGAUGUGCUUCUGACACGUCUGUGUAAUGAGAGCGUUUAUUAAAGCGCAUCGUGUCUUUCUCUACGAUGCAACGUUAUUGGACGUGACUCACUAAUGCGUUUAGACUUGUGACAUUACGUGUUUGUUUUCCCAUCUACCUCCACCUGACCAACAUUAGCUCGAUAACACACCCUUUACACCCACCAGAGCACCACAGACCGUGUGCUGAAUAAAUCAGUGCACCGCACGCAUGUCCACACAAACACGCACUAGCUCUUGUGUUCGUGAAAAGCGCCGAUGUUUCCUUCCGCAGGACUCUUUUCUGAAGUGAAAUGUCCUUUUCUCCUUUGGGCCACGUGUGAACGACCUUAUUGUCCAUACAAACACGUCAAAGUAGAAGAGCGCACAGGUGCGUGUGCCGGAAGCGCGCGCGCGCCACCUGAAAAGGGUCAUGGCAAUCAUAACGCUACUAGUAGAACCUUCCACAACCAAGAACAGAGCCACUCUUGUCUUUCAGAGCUGGAAAGGAUCAACAAGCAGAUUGAAGCAGUUAGAAAUGAAGUGGAGAAAGAACAAAAAAGAUUGUCCCGCUACCAGUCUGAGCAGGCCGAGAGUGCUGGUGCUAGCUCGGACGAAUAUCUUGUGACCAGAAAAUCUCAGCGUAAAGACCAGAAUGGAAACCAGCUGACAUGUGAAAAGAACACCGCUGCUGCCCGCAAGUACGUUGUUGAUUGCACCAAACCAAAAACUGAUCUGGAAUAUGACCCUUGCUCAAAUUUUUCUGCUGAUCUGCGAUUUAGCAGCUCCACGGAUAAAAUAAAAUCAACCAGAAAAGCUGGACUGAAACGUGAUCAACAAGAAAAAGGGAAGGGUAAGAGUGCAUCUGCAGAUAAAUUUCCCAAUUCUUCUUGCAAUUUUGAGGAUUCUGAUGAGGAGGGGGAACUAGUCAUUGACAUUCCACCUUUUGAAAAUGAUGGGAGUAAGGGAUCUCUGACAGAAAACUCAUCAGCCGGUAAAAAUUCAAAUUUUAUGAAGAUACCCAGGGAAUCUUCAGAAAUGGCACAUCUUGACACUGACAUGCCACUGCUGGAAAAGAAAGCAGAAAAGAUUAAGCCAGCAAAUAAGGGCAUGUCUAGCGUCAAUGAACGACAAGAGUCACUCAAGUCCUUGUAUGAGGAGACUGAUUUGGUUAAAAGAACACAUCCCAUUCGGCAAAGGGAGAAAACUUAUUACGAAAGAGUACUCGCUGCCGGAAUUCUAGCUAUCGAAGGUGAACAAAAACCCUCAGUUUAUUCCAAGAUAGCCAAGGAAGAACCGUCCAAGAUGAUGAUGGAGAUUGAUGCCUCACCUUCAGAAAAUAAACAAGUGCUUAAUAAGAGCUUGAAACAAAGCUUGGCUGUUUUCAAGAAUGACAAAUGCAAGGAGGAGAUCUUGAAUUAUGCAACAGAAUAUUCUACAGAAUUGCAUGAAAAUGCAGGAUUAUCUUCUUCACAGGUUUGCCAAUUGGAAAAACCUCCACCUGAAAACAGUAUGAACUCUGGUGUUUAUGAAGAGAAAGCACAAAGUAUUGAAACUGUUCUAGACGAUAUAUCCAUCUGCUUGGACCACCUGAGGCGUGAAAGUGAGAGCAUCGCUUGCCUUCAAGAUGUGGACGCGCUCCUCCUUGACAAUAUUCAUUCUGCUCCCACUUGCUCAAAGAUACAAGAUCAUCUUUUACAGCCUGGAACACAAAAGCCACAAAGGCAAACAGAACCUGACUUACUACCAAAUAUCUGGCUCUCCGGUCACGUAAAAAAAAAUGACACCUUGCCCAUUAGAUACUCAUCAGAGAUCCAACAAAAAACAGUAUUCCAGGAUUACCUUCCCACCACUUCAUCUUACCCAGACACAGCUAAGGAUCUUGAAUCUUGUCAAAGCCUUCCAACAUCCGCUGAAACAAAUUGUCCAAUUGCACAUAGAGUCUCAGCAGAACCUGUUGAGAAAUCUGUUCAGAAUGUACCUCUGUACAUUUCUGGAGCAAAUACUGCAAUGGUUCUUUCUUCACAUACGGAGCUAAACCCAGCUGAUACAUCGAUGGAAUUGAUUGGGGGUCAGAACCUGCAGAAACCACCUGCUUUGCUGGGUGCAACAGAUGAGCAGAUGACUGCUGACUCUAGUUCUUCAGAAGAGCUUAAUUACUCAGACCUAGACCUUUCAGAAAGUGAUCCAAUGGAAGAGUGCUACAGAAUCUUUAUGGAAGCCAACAAGGUUGAAGAUCCCACCGUUCAAGGUGACAUGCCAGAAGAGGUUUCAAAGGUGGCAGAAGCUGAUAUGGUCAAGCCAGGACUUGCUCAGAAAAAGAGAGUAGCCCAUGUAGCAAAGUUUGAGGUCAGUAAGAGCAAAGCACAGGUCAUUGUGCCCCUUAGAGAUGGUGGUUCCCAUCUCACCGUGCCCAGCCGGAGUCAGCAGUGCCAGAAGAUGGCAACAUCUCUUACAACAGCAGUGAAAGGGUGCCAAUCUGCUGUUGCAGCCAAUGCACCAAAGCGAGCUCUCGCACCUACUGUCAUGCAUUCAACUGCUGUGCCAAACGACUGUGUGAACAUCCUCCCAGCUGGAACAACCUUGCGAAUCGGCCCAAAUCUUCACCUAAUUGUCCCGGAAGGGACCUGUGCUUUACCAGUAACGCUAAUUCCUGCUGCUACACCUGUAGUACGUCCAGUCCAUCAGCCAGCUCCAAUCCUGCAGCCUAUACAGCCUGCACAACCUGUCAACUACACACCUGCCAAGUCAAUUCCCACCAAGCGCAAAGCAAAAGUGCGUACAGAGGUUGGCAUAAAGGUUCCUCAUGACGUACGGCAGCGUUACGUAAAUCUCUUCGUGGAGGAGUUCCUGAAAACAUCCGCCACUGUGCAAGAUGCCUUUGAAAAGGCACUAGCAGAAGAGAAGACUGUGUUUGAUCGUAGUGUCAAUAAACUGAAGUAUCUAAGCAUAGCAGUAAAUGCACUCAAGAGGCUUAAAAAUCAAAAUGCAACUCCUGCCAAAUUUUCCACCGAAAGUGAUGCACAAGCGUCUAGAGGAAAUGUGCCACUCAAUACUCAAGCACUCCUGCAAAAUGGUGACUCCACACUCUACAAUCAGCUGAAGGAGCACAUUCUAACCAAGGCCCUGUUGAGGGAGAAUAACUAUCCUCACAAACACCCUGAUAAACCUGGCUUUGCCAUUCAGUAUGGUGACACCAAAAAGGGCAGCACUGAUGUUUCCAGGAGACUCUGCUGUCGUUGUGGUACUUCUUUCUCCGUUAGCCAGACAGGAAAGCAUACUCGCAAAGAAGAGUGCAACUAUCAUUAUGGAAAGGUCCUGGAAAACAGAGUACCAGGGGGAGUGGAGACGCGCUAUAGCUGCUGUGAGAAUGCUGUCGGGUCACCUGGUUGCCAAGUGUUCAAGCUCCAUGUCCAUGAUGCGAUGAGUCUCCAAGGGUUUGUUAGUAGCCUCCCUCAGACCCAUAAAGGCUGCCCAGACAUUUAUGCUAUAGAUACUGUUAUGUGCUAUACUACUCAGGGUCUGGAACUGGUAAGAGUCACUGUGGUGAACAGCAAUCUUCAGGUCGUCUAUGACACCUUUGUUAAGCCUACCAACGAGGUCAUUGACUACAACACCAGGUUCUCAGGAGUCGGUGAGGAUGAUGUGAAGAACAGUAGUUUGUCUUUGUGUGAUGUGCAAACUGUGCUUUUGAGCUUCAUCAAUGAGAGAACCAUUUUAGUUGGGCAUGGUUUGGAAAAUGAUCUCUGUGCUCUGAAAUUUAUCCACAACAAGGUGGUUGACACAUCUGUGGUGUUCCCUCAUCGCCUGGGUCCACCGCACAAGAGGGAUCUCAGAAGCUUGACCGCAGAGUAUCUGAGGAAGAUAAUCCAAGAGAGCGUGGAUGGACAUGAUACCCAAGAGGACGCGACGGCGUGUAUGGAGCUCAUGCUGUGGAAGGUGAAAGAGGAUGCUAAAGGGAAGAAAUGGUGACCUCCGGAAGAAGAAAUCUGAUUACUGCCCUAAUGUGUACUGCUGUAGACUUGUAAAAUUUCACUUGGAACGUUUUUGCUUUAUUAUAAUCGUCACCUGCUGUCUGUAUUAGGGUUGCUGGGAAUGUAAGCAUUGAAAUGAUGAACUGUUUACUCAUAUGUCCAAUAGUUUUUUAUGCUUUUCUUUUUGUUGAUUAUUCGCUUUCAGAAAACAGUAAUUGUUUGUUGCUGGGGUGGUUGUCUUUUGUUCCAUAUGUUUAUUUCAGGUGGAAAUGUAGAAACGUUGUACCUUUAUAAAGUGACAGUGACUUAAGGUACUUAAUUUGACUGAAAUUAACCUCAAAAUCGAUCUUUCUAAAGAAAACCUAUAUAAGGAUACGUAGGGCGACCACUUCAGUGACGAGGAAACGUACAACUUCGUGUCUUUAUUUUCUGAGAGCAUCACAAGGCAGUGUAUUUUGUCAAGUGUUUAUGAAAUAAACUGAUUCACAAUG